ACGGAGGCGUGAGGAGCAGGCUGGCGUUUCUCUGUCAGCCAGCUCUCGACCCGUGGGAGAUAGCCCAGCGUGAUUUACAGCUUCUGGGCCAAACUGCUCCUGAUAGGAGAGUUCCAGAGGAUCCCCACAAAGGCUCAAUUCCCGGUUUUUGUAAAGGCAUUUCAAGGUGCAUUCUGGAGGAGCCCCGAAGGAAAGCCCCAACAGAAGCGGAGGGAGCCGUGGGAGCCCACCCGUGGGCGAGAAAAGCCUAGGCUACAAGCGCCUCUGCCGGUUUUAUUUUAAUUUGGAACAAAAAGAGGUAUACAAGACAUAAAGCCUGAAUACCUUCAGUCAAUUUUCUUUGGAGUUUUAGUGCUUAUACACUUACAAGUUGAAAGAGAACCAGCCUGCUUUUUGGUUGUUUAUUUUGCUGAGAAGGGAUUGCCAUCUAAAGCUGCAGCUGUGAUUAAACAGGCUGUUGGGAAAGACUGUGAGGGAGUGGCAGCGAUCUGCUAUAAACUGCUACAAACUGUUAUUUGAUACUUUUAAGCUUUGAUUUAUUGCAGCUUGCUGGGCAAAAAAGUUCUGAUUUAAUACUCUACUUAAGUGAACCAACUGUAAAGGAAGAAAUUAAUCAUUUUAAAACCAUUUCUUUGGGAGUAUAUGCUUGAAUGGUCUAAACUCAGCUGUGUAAAUUUACAGGGAAGGAAAGAGGAGAAGUUGCAGAGGCUUGGAAAGUGCAAUUUAGCUGUGACAAAACGGAGGCAGAGAGAAAUUUGUUAAAUCAAGAAGGAAAUAAUUGACUGUAGUAUUUGAUGGAUAUAAUAUUAGGACUAUUAAGAGUAUUAAGACCACUAAAGAGUGAAGUUCCAAGCAAAUACUAAAUAAAUAAACAAAUAAAUAAAAGGAAGAUAAAGCCCUGAAUAUAAGGAGCAAAGGAGAAAGGGAUAAAGGAAAAUCAGAUAAGUACCUGCAGGGUUUGAAUAUAUUAUUCUCUCCUCCCUCUCUGUAUCCUGUAUCCCACUAGGAACAGUGGGAGCUGCCUCUAUUGCUUGAACACAUUAUUUUGGAAUCUUUAAAAAAGUGGUUCUUUUAAGAAGAAAGAAGAGGGAUAUAAAGUGAUUAAGGAGGAUAAAAGUGUCUAUAAUGAACACAAGACAAAACUCAGUUAAAAUGCCAUCCCAAGCUAAUAGGAGAAACUCGAUGGAACAGACAUCAAUAAUGGAGGAAAUAAAGAGACUAUCAGCACAGAUGGAAAAGAAUGGAAAAGAUUUGGAAAAAAACUUUAGGCAGGAGAUAAAGGAUCUGAGAAGAGAUGUGAAAGCAGAUUUGAAGUCUGAACUCAAAUCCGAAUUAAAAGGGAUAAAGCAAUCUUUGGAGGAGAUGGAGAAGGAAGUUUCUCAAAUAACUACCAGGAUAGAUAAAUUGGAAGAAACAUCACAGACUUUAAAGGAAAAAACAUCUGAACUGUGGCAACAUCAAGAGCAACAACAAGAUGCUAGAGCUUUGGAUGAACUGAAGCAGAGAGAAAACUCCCUGAAAAUUCGGGGCUUGAAAGAACAAAAACAAGAAAAUCUAUAUGACUAUCUUCUUCCAGCAAUUGCUGAAUAUAUGGAAAUACCUUAUCAAGAUCUUCUUAAAGACGUAAAUAAAUUAUUUAGAGUGAAUUUCAUCAUUGCCAAAGAAAAAUCUCUUCCCAGGAACGUGGUGAUAUCAUUUGUGAGAAAAAAAGUCAGGGAUGAACUGCUGUUCUUGAGCUAUGGAAACCCGUUGGAAGUCGAGGGAUCCGAAUUGAAAUUUUUUAAAGACAUUCCUAAGAGGAUUCUCCAAAAAAGAGGAAAUUAUAAGUUUAUAACAAUCAACCUCAAUAAAUAUAAAGUGUUAUAUAAAUGGGAGAAACUAGAAGGCAUCUCGGUGAAAUGGAAUCAAAAAUGGUUUAAAUUAAAUUCAGUUUCAAAGGCAAAAGAAUUUUGGAAAAAAUUUGGGAAAAAAAUCAUAAAUACUUCAGAUAACCAUGAUUAUAAUAACAAAGAUAGCCUUACUGUAGACCUAGGAGGAGAAGAGGAAGCUUCCGAGGAAGGAGAAGAUGAUAACGAUAGAAAGGAUGAAAACAAAGAUGACUCCUUGGAUGAGAAAGAACCAUCGGAUUCAGAUGAAAAGCAGCAAGAAUAAUAUACGCACGCAAUUGGAAAUCCAAAAUGACUCCUCGCAAAGAAGAUUGGAUCUAUAAAUUACUUGAUAUGAUGGAAAUGGACAAACUGUCAGAGGCUCUUCGUAAUGAAUCACAAAGCAAGUACAGAGAGGACUGGACCAUUGUCAUAAAAUCUCUUCAAGAACAAUGGGGAAGAAAUGUAGUAGUGGGAGUAGGAAUAUUAUAAAUGAUAUAUGCCCUCUCUAUUGUAUAUUUUAUAUUUGUUACCAUUGGCUUAAUGACUUAGGAAACUUAAUGGAGGGACAAAUGCUAUGUAGCUCUCAAGGCCAUUUCAAUUUAUUUUUAAGGCAGAGCCCCUACCGGCGAAGCAGCCAGAGACCAUGGCUAGGUAGGAUAAGGAGAAGGGGAUAAACAUGUACAUAAUAAUGACUUUGAAUUAUAGUUGGGUCAUAUUAAGCAAGGAUUAAUUUAUGUAUAAAUAAGCAGAAAAGAACUGAAGGUUAGGAAGUACUAAAGACAAGGUUUGUAUGGUGUGAACUGUUGAAUAUUAUAAGCAUUGGUUAUAAACAGUUUUCUUUAUUUGUUUUUAAA